UCUUCUCCUCCUCCUCCCACACUACUCUGAUACCCAAAUUAUCCGGGAAAAAUGGCUCACGAAUUUCGCCGCUUGUCUAUAAAUAUCACCCUACACUGGAAGCUUCUUUUUCUAUCUCAAUUUAGAGUCUUCCGAUUUUCUCCUCAGCUUUCUCUUUCCGUCUCAAAAUUUACCUGAAAUUCUUCUCUCCGGCUCAAGUUUUUCCGCGCAUCAUCAGCCGAUUGACCAAAGUUUUAGUAUAUAAGAAAAUCGAACGUGACGGCAUGGCAACUAACAAAGAAGUUUAUGAUGGGCUCUUCUUGAGCAAAAGACAGAUUGAUCAUCAGUGUGCUCAUGACUCCAAAGGUGGAGCCAAGCCUGAGCUUAUUGAAGAGAUCAGUACCUUGCUAGAAAAUCUUGCUGCUGCUGGGACGAGAUUUGAAAUCAACGUGGAGGUCCCUCAGUCAUAUGCAACCCUAGUUAAGAAGCUUGGUAAGGACGUUUAUAAGCCAACCUAUGCUUGCCCUGCUGUACUGUUGAAGCUUUUGAAUAAGGUAUUUGUUGCUUACACAAAUGCAUUGAAGGCUGGAAUCUGAGUUUCUUCCAGCUUUAGUAUUAGUCAAAGAGAUGUGACAAUCUUGCUAACAGUCUCAUAUGUGUUUCCAGUUGUUCUGUCAGGUUGUUUAACACUAUUAUUAGGCUCUACUAUAUCCAAAUCUGGAAUGUAUUAACUUUUACAAAUCAACAUCUAGCCUGUGUUUGAAUCUGACGGAGGAUUAUUACUU